AUGUCUAUUGAACCAAAAACAUUUCAAUAUUAUAAACAUACAUUUUCAAUCUAUUAUGAUGGAUGGGAAAUUCCUGAUGAUAUUGAAAAUUUAGCAUUAGGAGAAGGUAUUGAUAUUGAUAAUUUAAUAAUACCAGAUACAGUCGAAUGUUUAUUAUUAAUGGAUGGAUUUGAUAAAGAGAUUAAAGAAGGAUUUAUAUCAGACACAAUUAAUGAAUUAUUUAUAUUAGAUAUAAAGCAACCAUUAUCAAUUGGAUCAAUUGGUGAAUCAAUAUUAUGGUUAGAAUUUGGAGAUGGAUAUAAUCAUCCAAUUACCAAAGGUAUAAUUCCAAACUCUGUUGAAUGUUUAUAUUUAAGAAAUAUUAAAAAAGAAUUAUCAAAUGACUCAAUACCAAAUUCAAUUGAAAAAUUAUAUUUAUAUGAUGGGUUUAAUCAAAAUCUAUCAUUUUUAACAUCAUCAUCAACAUCAACAUCAUCACUUAAAAAUUUAUAUAUUUAUAAUAUUGGUAAUAAUAUAUUAAAUAUUGGAUCAAUACCAAAUACAAUUAAAUUAUUAUAUUUUGGUGAUGGUUUUAAUGAAACUAUAUUACCAAAUUUGAUACCACCAAAUGUAAAUACACUUUAUUUACGUGAUAUUAAAAAAGCAUUAAUAAAAAACUCACUGUCACCAACUAUAACAUCACUUUAUUUAAAUGAAGGGUUUAAUCAACCAAUUACCACCGAAAUUUUAUCAUCAUGUAAAAAUUUAAAAAAUUUAUAUAUGUAUGAUAUUAAACAACCUUUAUUUUUAAAUGAUGAUGAUGAUGAUUUUAAUUUAUCAAUUGAAUCAAUUCAUUUAAUGCCUGGAUUUAAUCAAAUUUUAAAAAAUGGAAAUUUAUUAAAAUUUGGAUUUAAAAAUUUAUACAUUUAUGAUAUUAAUCAACCAUUAAUACCAAAUGAAUCAAUAAUACCAAAUAAUAAUAAUAAUAAUAAUAAUAAUAAUAAUAAUAAUAAUAAUAAUAAUAAUAAUAAUUAUAAUAUUAAUUUAUUGCAUAUUAGUGGUAAUUAUAAAUUUAAAUUAAGUAAAGGUAUAAUACCAUCAAAUAGUAAUACUAAAAUUUCAAAUUUAUAUAUUGGUAAUUUAAAUGAACCAUUAAUACCAAACGAAUCAAUACCAAAUAAUGUUGAAUCACUUCAUUUUGGAAGUGGUUAUCAAUUUAAAAUUACAAGUGAUUUAAUACCACCAAGUGUUUUAAAUUUAUAUUUAUAUGAUAUAAAUGAACCAAUAACAAAUGAAUCAAUUCCAAAAACUCUUAAAACUAUUUAUAUUUCAAGUCAAUAUGAACAUCCAAUUAAUAAUUUAAUUUCUAAAAAUUAUGAAAUUAAAAAAAUUUAA